AUGGAGGUGCUUUCUCGCAUGUUGAAUAGCCCGCCUCAAAAUUUUCAAUUCCACCAGUUUUGUGAGAAGGUCAGAUUAACUCAUCUUACUUUUGCAGAUGACCUGAUGAUCUUUUGUGCUGCUGAUAAUCAUUCUAUGAGUUUCAUAAAAGAGACUAUUAAGAGGUUUGGUGAGCUUUCGAGACUGUUUGCUAAUCUUGCUAAAAGCUCAAUUUUUCUUGUGGGGGUUAAUAGUUUGGAAGCUUCUCGGCUUGCUGCUAACAUGGAUUUUUCCAUUGGUCAUCUCCAUGUUCGUAGACUUCAGCUUGUUCGCUCAGUCCUUAGGAGCCUUCAGGUUUAUUGGGCUAGUGUGUUCAUGCUUCCUAUGAAAGUCCACAGAGACGUUGAUAAGAGCUUGAGGGCUUAUCUGUGGAGAGGUAAGGAGGAGGGAAGAGGUGGUGCUAAAGUUGUCUGGGAUGAGGUUUGUCUUCCUUUUGAUGAAGGAGGUCUUGCUAUUCGCGAUGGAUCUUCUUGGAAUAUAGCAAGCACGUUGAAGAUAUUGUGGUUGCUACUUGUUAAAUCUGGUAGUGUGUGGGUUGCUUGGGUGGAAUCAUAUAUCCUUAAAGGGAGAUCGCUGUGGGAGAUCGAUGCUGGGGGUAUUGGGAAGAGUGUGAGGAGAAAACUGUGGCACCUUCUCUGGUGUGCUACAAUUUAUUUCAUUUGGCAGGAGCGAAAUCAUCGUCUUCAUGGAGGUGCUGUUCGAGAGCCUAUGGUUGUAUUCCAGCUGAUUCGGUCGUGUAUUAAAGUGUGUGCUGCUUCUUGGUCCGAUGGUGUUCAUGGUCUUAUUUAA